AUGGCGACCCCGAAGGUCACCAAACCACCGACACGUGCCAAUUUCGUGAUCGACCCAAGCAAGAUCACUGGGAUCUUAACUCAUCGACAAGUCCGAGCGGGGGAAGAAUAUCUGAUACUUCACCGCACAACUGGACCUGCAUCGGCAGAAGUCGCGUCAUGGCACACUGUUCCGGAACUUCGACGCUGUCUAUAUCUCGUGCAAGAGUAUCUCGACACCCUGCCACCGCGAAGUGAAGACCAUCGGAGCCUCCUUGGCGCUCAGAGCCGCAAGCGCAAGUCGCCGCACGACGAGCUAAGCGCGAACGGAACACCAAAUGGCUUUCAGUCUCCCUUCCAUACCAAUGGCAUCGGCUCGCCAUCACCAUCGCCAAGCUCCUCUUCCUCAUCCUCGUCUGAGACUGGACCCCGCGUGUUUAACGGCUCACUCUCUAAGCGAGCUGGAUUCCUACUUGCACAGAGAUCAAGUCGGCAUGGAACUCCUGUCAAUGCAACUCGACUGCCAACUCCGGCUAUGCUGGAGGCGGCUUUAAAGACAGCGACACCCGAGAGUGAGCGUGCGAUCCGGGAUGCCUUUGUCGAAAAGCUGAAGUCGCUUCGGGGCGUGACUCUGGAGAAUGAUGUCGACUCUUCCACGCCUUCGCUCAACUUCACUUUCAUCAAGGAGUACGUGCUGCGCGAAGGCGUUAGUGCGCAAGAUCCCAGUAUGUUUGAGGGAUGCACCAAAUGCAAGCCCGACAUGGGACAAAAUGUAGGCUGCGAGUACACCCAAAAGUGCGGCUGCUUGGAGUACGCCGCAGUCGACGAACAAGCCUUGCAAUCCAGGAACCCCGAGAUGUACGAGGAGUACCUUCGAGUGAAGGAGAACCAGGGAUUUCAGCGGCCUGAUUUGCCAAAACGGUUCCCCUACACGAAGCCGAGCAUAGGCGACACGGUACCCCAAAGACUGGUCACAUACUACCGGGACCACCGGCAUGCCGUGUACGAGUGCAAUGACAACUGUGCCUGUGGACCGAGAUGCAAGAGUCGACUGGUCCAGAAAGGACGGCGAGUGCCUCUCAUCAUCUUCAAGACUCCGGAUCGAGGUUGGGCGGUGAAAUGCGGCAUUGCUCUGCAGCAAGGCCAGUUCAUCGAUACAUAUCUCGGGGAGGUUAUUACAAGCGAGGAGACGGAUCGUCGAGAAGAAAACGCUGGCCAGGAGAAGGCAUCAUAUCUCUACUCCCUGGACAAGUUCGUUGGUGAUCCCGUCCCAGGUGAAGGAACUGUGCUCACAUCCGAUGAUUGCUACGUUAUCGACGGGCAGCACUGGGGAAAUGUCACACGCUUCAUCAACCACAGCUGCGACCCGAACUGCCGACAAUACACUGUUUCGUACGACAAGAACAACAUCUUGUUGUACAACCUGGCGUUCUUCGCAUACACUGACAUCCCAGCUGGAACGGAGCUGACCUUUGACUACAUGGAUAAGGAUGAGAUGGAAGUGGAAGAUGCGAUCCUGUACCGGGAACAGAUAUUGAGUGAUCCAGCGAACCAGGAUCGUGUACGGUGCAACUGUGGCUCUGUCAAGUGCAGAGGGGUGAUGUGGGUUUGAAAGGAAGCACAGCGUUUGGACGCAUGGAAAAUGGAUGCGCAGAGAGCACGGAGUUUCGAUGGUUGGUAAACGUCUCAGGCAUUGGAUGCCACUCUACACUCCUGGCAGCGAAGGUCGCAGGAGAUGCGAUAGUCAACGUGCGCAGAAACUAAAAGUGCUCCAAGAGUGGUGCAUCGACACAGGCAUUGGUUCUUCACACUUCCGAAAGAGGAAGUUCUGGGUGAAAGCUUAUUUUGCAACUCACCUUUGAGGCCCAUGCAAACUUGACAGAUCGUAGAUAAGCGAGUCUACACGCCAAUGCAAUACCACAUCACGAUCGAUCGCCUG